AUGAUUUGGUUACGUCGCUUCUCAAUAUUGCUAGCUUUUGUGCUGCUUGUCUCGUUCGGCGCAUGGCUACUCCCUCGAAUACUAGACCCCACGGAUAAAGGUCCAGAGAGACGUGAAAGAGACCGACGCUGGGUCAAUAGCAGCCCGUACUUUCUGGAUCGUCAAGCCUGCCGCUGGAUGAGUAUAUGCGGACUGCACCACUUACGCAGUGACCCCGCUACUCGUGGGAACGACGAAGACGAGGAGCCUGAAUGGGGAGACCUGAAGCGCCGUUCUCUAGCUUGGGAGCCAGAGGAAAUUCCACGUCAAGAUCACAAGCGCAACAAAAACCAACGUCGCCGGAUUCUCCGGAAUAUCCCUGACUAUGUCACCAAGCAUGCGCCCUUGGUUCAUCUGUAUUCUGGGGAGGAGUUUUGGCCUUCAGAUAUCGGCCAGCACAUCGAACACAUGACCGCGUAUGCUGGCGAUGAGCUUAUCAACUCGACCGAGAAAUGGACCCUUCACAAUUUGCACGAACUAAACAAAUAUUCUGGCAACAUUACCCUCCGAAGCGACGACGAUGUUGAGUCACGACCCAAUUGGCUACACAGUCAUUACAACGUUCCCAACCCGAUUCCAGAUGAUCAUGGCGGAGACCAGGACACCAAAAUACCGGUAGGAAACCCCCAAGGACAACCAGAGUCUCGAGAACCCAGCACUUGGUAUGACGUCGGCAAGAACCGUCCCGUACACAAGAUUUCGGAUCCCAGACAUCGCAAAUUUCAAAACGGUCGCCGCUCAGAAUCCUACGGCCACAAGCCAGACGAAAAUGGUUAUUCAGCUGCUCCAGCCAUACUGGUAGUUGUUGAUAAGGGAUCUGGUAUUGUCGACGCCUUUUGGUUCUUCUUCUAUUCAUACAACCUUGGCCAAACCGUUUUGGGGAUUCGUUUUGGCAACCAUGUGGGUGACUGGGAGCAUUGUAUGGUGCGCUUCGAGCAUGGUAUCCCCCGAGGUGUGUUCUUUUCAGAACAUGAAGGCGGGCAAGCAUAUGCUUUUGAGGCGGUUGAAAAGCGCGGAGAACGUCCCGUCAUCUAUUCUGCCGUUGGAUCGCAUGCGAUGUACGCUCUGCCAGGGGACCAUCCUUACAUCAUUCCGUUUAAACUCCUCAAAGAUGUAACAGACAAGGGACCUCUGUGGGAUCCAUCACUUAACAACUACGCCUAUCAUUACGAUUACACAAAGGAGGGUGGCCACGAACCAGGAGAUGCGGAGGAGCCUCUGAGCCUCGUUCCCGCAGCCUCGAAUCCUCACGCACCGACAUCCUGGUUCCAUUACCGCGGACAUUGGGGCGACGAAGUAUAUUCUCUCGCUGAUCCUCGCCAGUGGCGCUUCUUUGGUCAGUAUCACUACGUCACUGGCCCUGAUGGACCCGUGUUCAAGACGCUUGAUCGUGGGAAGAUGUGCCAGAAGCAGAGUUGCAAAAUUCUGUACAAUCUUGAUCCCAAAAACACUUGGUAUUAA